UUGAGUUGUAAAGGCGGCGGCGAUGGCUCCUUCUCUUUCCAUUGUCAACCUUCGCGCUUCUCUCUCUUUCCUCACCGCCAGGAGGUUGUGCUCGACGUCUGCCGCGGCGCACGAGGGAGGCGAGGCCUUUUUCCGGGGGGAAUGGAUGGCGAAGAAGGGGAAGGCGACAGAUGAUGGGGAGGUGGCGCGUUCCUGGGUGCCGGAUCCGGUGACGGGCUACUAUCGUCCCGCGAACGAGCACGGAGGCAUCGACCCGGUGGAUCUUCGUGAGAUGCUGCUGAAGCCAAGCAAGCUGCGAACUUGAGGGUUUUCAUUGGCCGACUCAAUCCUCUUCGCUGCCAAGUUCCAUUCUUUGAUUCAAAUCGAGCUUUUGCAAUUCUGCCAAAAGACCAAAAAUCAAAACACCGUUUUUUUUUAUAUUUCUAAUUUAUUGAUAAAAGGGCGUUUCAUCCUAUGUAUGUUUUUUUCCACUAGAUUUGCUUAUUAAAAAUUUGGAUCCAUUUUUUUAGUUUAAUCAGUUUUUUCUAACAUUAA